CUCAUGUGAAACAUCAUCCGCACGAGCAGGAUCCACAGUCCGACCGACGUUGUGCUCUGCGGUGGAACGAACAAAAAUACGCGAUGGAGACGCGAAUUGUGUACGUUUGAACUGCCCUCCCGCUCUCUUUCUCUCUCCCCUCCUCACGCCGGAAACGACAUUAACCGUGCAUACGCAUCCAGCCGUUUAUCUGAGGCGUAAACAAGGGCGGACGCGACGAUGUGGAUCCAGGUCCGCACCAUAGACGGGAAGGAGACCCGGACCGUGGAGGAUCUCUCCAGGCUGACCAAGAUCGAGACGCUCCGGGUGAAGAUACGGGACAUAUUCAACGUCAGCCCGCAGCAGCAGCGCCUCUUCUACCGAGGGAAGCAGAUGGAAGAUGGCCAGACGCUGUUUGACUACAACGUGGGUCUCAAUGACAUCGUCCAGCUCCUCAUCCGCUCCCAAACGGACCCUCCGGACAGCCCCUCGGCCAAGGGCUCGCUCAAGGACUCACCCAGCGUGUCAUGUACCUCUGUCCCGACCUCCGCCGUCCCUCGCUGUGAAAGCCCCGCCUCCCCUGCGCCAGAGUCCCCUGUUGCUAUGGAAACCCCCCCCACUAAAGACAACGACAGCAGUGACAUUAUCGACCCUGCCAGUGAUACCAAGGCGGACACGGUUACUCCUUGUGACUUAGCUGGCAUCAAAAAUGGACUCAAGCCCCGCAGUCCGACGCGGGACACCCAGCCGCCCACAUCCAGCAAAAACACGCUGGUGGACCCUGGAAUCGGGGUGUACAAAAUUAACGAGCUGGUGGACUGCCGAGACGUGACCGUAGGCGCCUGGUUUGAGGCCUGCGUGGAGAACGUGACCCGUCCUCCUAAAGCGCCCACCAAGGGCAAGGUGGGGCGCCCCCCCAAAAGGACUAACGGCAAGCUGGAAGGCGAACAAGGCCAAAGCACGGACACUAACAGGAUUAACGCUAAUGCCUUGAACUCUGAAACCACCGGAGCGUCCACCUCCCAGACAACAGACUCCACGGAAGUCAAAGGGCGAGACGAGGACGUUGUCUACCACAUCAAAUACGAGGACUAUCCGGAGAACGGACUGGUGGAGAUUCGACCAUUGCACGUGCGACCACGCGCUCGGACCCUGCUGCGCUUCGACCAGCUGAUGGUGGGCAUGCAGGUGAUGGUCAACUACAACCUGGAGACGCCUGAGGAGAGAGGUUUCUGGUUUGACGCCGAGAUCCAGACUCUCAACCAGACCUCCCGCACCAACAAAGAACUCAGAGUCAAGAUUCUCCUGGGGGGUCCUGAGGAUGUGAUCGGGGAUUGUAAGGUUCAUUUUAUGGAGGAAAUCUACCAGGUGGAGAAACCAGGAGCCCCGCCGUUGUCGGCUGCAGACGGACAAUUUAAACGGAAGAGCGGGCCCGAGUGCAAGCACUGCAGGGCCGACCCGGACGCCGAGUGCCGCUUCUGCUCGUGCUGCGUGUGCGGCGGCAAGCAGGACGCUCACAUGCAGCUGCUGUGCGACGAGUGCAACAUGGCGUUCCACAUCUACUGCCUCAACCCGCCGCUGGCCACCAUCCCGGACGACGAGGACUGGUACUGUCCCACCUGUAAGAACGACACCAGCGAGGUGGUCAAGGCCGGAGAGAAGCUUAAAGCCAGCAAGAAGAGGGCCAAAAUGCCCUCAGCCACCACAGAGAGUCAACGGGACUGGGGCAAGGGCAUGGCCUGUGUGGGGCGCACCAAGGAGUGCACCAUUGUUCCCUCCAACCACUAUGGACCAGUUCCUGGCGUUCCUGUGGGGACCACGUGGAAAUUCCGAGUUCAGGUGAGCGAGGCCGGCGUUCACAGGCCGCACGUUGGCGGUAUCCACGGUCGCAGUAACGAUGGAUCCUACUCCUUGGUUUUGGCGGGGGGCUUUGAGGAUGAAGUGGAUCGGGGGGACGAGUUUACCUACACGGGCAGCGGGGGCCGCGACCUCUCAGGGAACAAACGCAUAGGAGAGCACUCGUUUGACCAGACCUUAACCCACAUGAACAGAGCUUUGGCCCUUAACUGUGACGCCCCCUUGAACGACAAAGACGGGGCCGAGUCCAAGAACUGGCGGGCCGGCAAGCCGGUCCGAGUGGUCCGUAGCUCCAAAGGACGCCGCAUCAGCAAGUACGCCCCCGAGGAAGGGAACCGCUACGACGGCAUCUACAAGGUGGUCAAAUACUGGCCUGAGAUAGGAAAGUGCGGUUACCUGGUGUGGAGGUACCUGCUGAGACGUGACGACCAGGAACCUGCGCCAUGGACUCCUGAGGGACUGGACAGGAUCAAAAAACUGGGUCUCUCAGUUCAGUACCCACCCGGCUACUUGGCAGCCAUGGCCAACAAGACGAAGCGCGAGGCGGUCGCCAGGCCGGGUCACGGCGGGCGCGGGCGCAGCAAGCACCAUUCCGGCAGGGGCCGGGGGAGGGGCCGGCCACGGAAGCACCCUAAGAUCGCCAAAGAGGAGCACGAGGAGGACGAGGAUUUUGAGCAGCUGAUUGCCGCUGUGGAGGAGGACGAGGACGAGGAGGAGGAGGAGGAGGAAGAGCAGCAAAGCAACGGCGAUCAGAAGACAAGCGGGGACAGCGAAUGGACCCCGCCGGCCGAGCCUCCAUCCAAGCGUGCCAAGGUGGAGGAGGCCUUCGAGCUGUCGGAGCAGCAGCAGCAGUUGAUCGGAGAGGACACGGCCAAUAAGAAACUGUGGGACGAGGCCUUGGGACACCUGGCAGAGGGACCGAACUUCUUGCGUAAGAUGGAGCAGAUCUUCAUGUGCGUGUGCUGCCAGGAGCUGGCCUACCAGCCCAUCUCCACCGUCUGCACGCACAAUGUUUGCAAGACGUGUCUGCAGCGCUCGUUCCGGGCGGAGGUGUACACCUGCCCCGCCUGCCGCCACGACCUGGGCAAGGACUACGUCAUGACGCAAAACAAGACCCUUCAGAUGCUGCUGGACCAGUUCUUUCCCGGCUACAGCAAAGGCCGAUGAGAUCUAAGUGGAAGACACACACACACACACACAAACACACACAUUGCAUUGCACUUGCAGCCAUUUGUGUAAACGUACAAUCACACGCACACAAACCACCUCAGUAGGUUCUGACCUCAUCUGUCCUCCAUAAACCUCACCAGCCUGAGAUUUCCCAGCAAGGACGCACGCUCGCAGAAGCACG